AAAUGGAAUUGAAGACAAAUUGAGGGCUCUAGGAAGAGUGAUCAGGUUACUCCAUGGCUAAAUUCAGUUCCAAGAAGAGAUGAAGUUAAAUACUAAUUAGAGAACCUGGACAGUUAACAGUGGGACAGAAUGGGUUAACGGGUUUACCUUCCUUAGCCUCCCCUUCUCUAACCUCUAAACUCUUCUCCACACCCACUAAUGCCUCUGUCUCCCUUCAGCUCCUUCAGUUUUCUUUCUGCCGUACUCGGCAAUCUACUUCCGCUUUCACGGAAGCCGGAAGCCGCGUGUCCUAGCCCUAUCCGGUCCGCGUUCCCCAUCCUCUUCCAACAGCCUUAGGGACGGGAGGAAACUGUCACAACCGGAAGUCUUCCAGAGGCGGAGCCAGGCGGAGCUGAGCCGUGGAGCCUGCCCCUCGAGUCACUCGCCAUGGCUGCGUUAGGCAGCGGCGUCCGGGAGCACGAGGAACCGGUAUUGUUCCGCAGAGGUACUGGGCAGAGUGAUGAUUCUGAUAUAUGGGAUGAUACAGCAUUGAUAAAAGCAUAUGACAAAGCUGUGGCAUCAUUUAAGAAUGCUUUAAAGAAUGGUGAAAUUUCUGAAACUUCAGACAAACAAAAAAGUGCUGGACCCAAAAGAAAAAAUAUUAAGAACAGAAACAAGAAAAAAACUAAUCCAGCACCAUUGAAACAGUGGAAAGUUGGUGAUGCUUGUUGUGCAGUUUGGUCUGAAGAUGGCAACAUAUAUCCAGCUACUAUUGCAUCAGCUGAUCUGAAGAGAGGGACAUGUGUUGUAGUUUAUACUGGCUAUGGAAAUAAAGAAGAACAGAAUUUGUCUGAUCUUCUUCUUCCAAAUAGCGAAGGAGUUCAUGAUGAAGAAACUCUUCAUGAAAAUGAAAAUGAAAGUCAAAGUCAGUAUUCAACAGAUGAAAGUGAGAAGUCCUCCAGAUCACCUGGAAGCAAACAGAAUCGAAUCAAAUCCAAAGCUGCUCAUUGGAAUUCUUAUUUCCCUCCUCCACCACCACUUCCUCUCCCAGUGCCAGGGCUGGGCAAGCCUGGACUGAAAUUCAGUGGCCCACCACCCUUCCUUACAGGCUGGCCUCCACCAUUUCCUUCAGGACCACCAUUAAUUCCCCCACCUCCUCCCAUGUCUCCUGAUUCUCCUGAAGAUGCUGAUGCUUUGGGAAGUAUGUUAAUAGCCUGGUACAUGAGUGGCUAUCAUACUGGUUAUUAUCUGGGCUUAAAACAACAUCAGAAAGAAGGAAGGCAUCAGCACUUCAAUUAAGGAGUGCAUCAUAGAGGAAAAGAUAUGAACCUAACACUAGGGGACAGCUGCAACCAUUAAGGAUGUGACAAAGCUUCUCUUGAUUCUUGUUUGCUGGUUGUAUAUUCAUGUGUAUGUAUCCAAGUAAAGCGUAAGCACAAAAAAAAUAAAUAAAAAUAUAUUUUAAAAAAUAAAAGGUCACAGUGGAGAAAAAAAACUGAGAAGAGUACAAAGUGAGUUUAUCAAUUGAUGUUUUGUUCUCCACAUCCUGUUUUUGAGAUUUAAAAAAAAAAAGUUUAAUUCUUAUUUUUUUUUUUUAAAUGGUUUCAACAUAAGAAAGCUACUUCCUUAUCCUAGUAAGUGGUCAACGAUAAAUGUUUAAUUGGUGAAUUAAUCCUGUGUAUUUAUAUGAACUACUUUCUUUCAUUCUAUCAUGGCUUUCAACUCUUCUUUUCCUCUGCCAGAGGCCUGAUUUAUUAGCCUUACUGGUAACAUCCAGAACUUCAUACAUCCUUCAAGUUUGGUUUCUGGAAAAUGAUUUCGGAGUUCUGUUGAGAGUUGCUUUCAAUGUUUUAGGUGGGGAAUUUGACUUCUGUCUGUAUAAGUCAUUCUAAAAAAAGUAUGAGAUUGUACAAUAUUUACCCUACAGUGGGUGGGUAGUUGUACAGUGGAAAGGACUAGAUUUGGAAAUAAUUUCUACUUCAGGAAAUUUAAAGCUCAUAGCACAAGUGUCAAGGUGGAAGGGAUCAUCUUAGGCCCUCCAGACCAACUCCCACAUUCUACUGAUGAGAAAAUGAGGCUCAGAGAAGUUUUAAGUGACUUAUCUAAAGUCAUAAUAUCUAACAAGCAAAAACUUGAAAACAGUUCCAAUGCUCUUUCCCUCUCCCCAUAAUACAAUAUAGUAUAUAAUUAUGUAUUUUUUAUGAUUCCAUAGUUCAGUGAAAGAGAGGGAAAAUUGAGUUUGGGGAAGUGACCACCAAUAGGCUUUUGUUAGUCAGUGUACAUGAGUGUUGUAGCUUGCUUACUAUCCUGCAGAUUUUAUUUUUCCAUAUCCAGAUUCAUUACAGAGAGGUUUUAACAUCAGCUUUGUUCUAUCUUCAAUUCAUAAAAACUAGGAAUGAGAUUUCCAGUGUUUUCAUUAAAAUAUACUACACACACAAAACAUGUUUCAUGGAAUUGUAAUGGAAUUUCUUUUUUUAACAAGGUUACUACUGUAGGGCUAGUUGCUUCUUUAAAGUGGUUUUCACCUUGAAUGGUUGAAACCAUAAGAAAAAGAGGCAACAUAGUAUGUUGUGUGAGAACAGUGGUAUGGUAAUUGGAGAACCUGGCUCUGCUACUUGAUGUCAGUAUGAUGGUAAGCAAGUUACUUAAUUUCUCUGGCCUCCAUCAUUCUCCCACAAAGUGAAAGGACGUGGCUACAUGAUUUAUUAGCGAUGAUGAUAAUUUGAAUUUACAAAAAAAAAAAAAAAAAAGUUCCUUCAUCUCAUUACAGUGGAUGACUGGAAUGUGAGUUAAGCCAAAGUUUAAAAAUUAAGUAUUAAAGCUUGGCUUAGAGGUCAACUUGAAUCACUAGAUACAAUUAUCUUGGUUUCCUCCAGACAGGACACACUGAGUAAUAAAUAUAUCAAAAAAAAAGUGUUGCUGAACUUAAGAGGCCCACUUGCACCCUGAAUCAAAGCUGAAUUGGAAGAAGCUGAUGAAGCUACAAUACCAUAUAGUUUAUUUAUUUAAUUUCACACAUCUUGAUGUGAAAUUAGGUUUGGAAUCAUGAAAUACUCCAUAACAGACAUGUAAAGUUGCUAAACAAAAACUCACACAGUAAAACUUAGAAAGAUGAAUAUUCUGGGGUCAAAAAAGAGAAAGCGGGUCAGUACACAUUCACAGAGUACGUGAAAAAGGGGUUUUAAAAAACUUAAGAGAAAUGCCUCAAAAUAAAUAGACAUUAUUUCACCAAGCAAUGGAAGAGAUUGUAAGCCAGUGCACAUCAUUGGACUUGUCCGAUAUAACUGAAAGUAACUAUUAUAUAACUGCUGAGAAAAGUGGAAAGCUGAAUUGGGUUUGGACCAACUCCUUAAGCUGUAUAUCCAAAUCAAUAAUCAAUUUCUCUGUUUCUCUCACAUGCAUGCACCCACCUACGCCAACAAAGGAUAGAAUUGGAGAGGAUGAAAUGGACAAUUCUGAUUAUAUAAAAUUAGAAACUUUGUACACAAGCAAAACCAAUAUAGCUAAGAUUAAAAGGGAAACAGCUAACUAGGGCAGCUAGAUGGCAUAGUGGAUAGAGUGCUGGCCCUGAAGUCAGGAGGACCUGAGUUCUCAAACAUUUAACACUUCCUGGCUGUAUGACCCUGGGCAAGUCAACCCCAAUUGCCUCAGCCCCCCCCCCCCCAAAAAAAAAAAAAAGUGAAAAAACAUUUGCAGCGUUUCCUUGAUAGGAGUUUCAUUAAGGAACUGAUCAAAUUUAUAAAAGAGUUCAGAGAUGGACAAACAAUAAUGAAUAGUCAGUUUUCAAUAGAAGAAAUCCAAACUAAGAAUAUGAAAAAAUUAUCUGUGAUUAGAAGAAAACAAAUCAACUCUGAAGUGUCCCAUCUCCCAUCAGAUUGGCAAAAUUGAUUUAAAAAAAAAAAAGGAAUAAAAGUAGGGGUGGAAGGAAAAUGAGCACUGUAGGCAGUACCUGAGUUGUUCUAGCCUUUCCAGAAAACAAUUUGUUACUAAAUUUUAUAGAUGCUUUUACCCAGAAAUACCAUUUUGAGGCCUGCUGGUCGUCCCCCAAGGUAAUCAAAGAAAGAGGUCUUGCCUACAAAAAUAUAGAAGUUCUUUUUGUGGUGGCAAAGAAUAGGAGACCAAUCAAAUCAGUGGAAUCGCUUAAUUACAGCAUAUGAAUGUAAUUUAAUACAAUUGUCCUGUAAGAAAUGAAGAAAGAUAUCCACAGAAGGAAUUGAUUGUGUGUGAACAGACUGAAGCAUACUUUUAUUUUUUGACUUUUUUUGUUAAUUGUAAUAGCUUUUUAUUUUUCAAAAUGCAUGCAAAGAUAGUUUUCAACAUUCAUUCUUACAUACCUUGUAUUACACAUUUUCCUCCCUUCCCCUAGACAAUAAGCAAUCCAAUAUAGGUAAAACAUGUGCAAUUCUUCUAAACACAUUUCCAUAUUCAUGCUGCACAUAAUUUUAUUUUUCUUGAGGGUGGUUUUUUUUUAGGGUGGAAAACUGUUUUCUUUGCAUAACUUCAUAUGUGCUUUCUUUUAAUUGGUGGGGAGUGGGGAAAAGGGAGAAUCUGGAACUUAAAAGUUUUAAAAAUAAAUGUAAAAAAUUGUUUUAAAUGUAACUGGAAAAAUAUUAAAUACAUUUUUAAAAUAAUUAAAAGGGGAAUAAUAAGUUUUUUAAAAGAAAUGAAGAAAUCAUGUCAGAGCAACCUGAGAAUUAUUUGAAUUAAUUGCUGCAGAGGAAGUGAGCAGAACAAGAAUAGUUUGUACUAUCAACAAUGACUUUGUAAAGAAAAAUAACGGAAAGAUAGUUCUAAUCAAUGAAAUGAGCAAGCGUAAUUCCAGAGGACAGAUGAUGUACAAAUACCCCCAACUCCUGAAUGAGAAGAGAGAGACUCAAGACUCAGAACAAGGGACAUUUUUGGACAUGGCAAUAUGGGAAUUUGUUUUGCUUCAUUAGGUGUGUGUUUACAAAUAUUUUCCCUCUCAAAGACAAGGCAGGGGAAAGAAAAGAAAUACGUGCCUAUUAAUUGAAAAUAAUAUUUAAUUUUAAAAUUUUAACUAUAUGUUAUUUUAUCUACCUGUACAAUUGUUCAUAAAAUAUUAAAUAUAAAAGAUGAGCAAGUUAA